UGGAUGUGUACGCGGUUUAGUCAAAUUAUUUUUUAUAUUCAAUAAAAUAAAUAUUGAAAACAAGCUAAAUUGAAGUGCAAUUCGUGCGCCUUUUGAUCGCUGUCUGACCCAUCCACCUGCCGCCUGGCCAUACAACGAUGUACAUAACGUACCUAAGCAAUUAACCAGGUGUGGGUGACAGCUGUCAAUUUUUUCUUUUGUGCAAUACACUAAUAAAAAAGUGAAACGAGUGUUUGUUGUUUAGUUUUCAUGAAUGAAAACUGGUGGAAUGCCGCUGUAGUGAUUUGUUAAUAUUAGCUACAACGAAUUAGUUAAGCUGUAAAGUUGAAGUGACAAAUUGCUGCAAAGUUUACGCAAAAAAAAGGAAAUUACUAAGAAUAACUUACAUACAUACAUACCUAAUAAGUUCAACAAACAAAAGGGCCGUGGAAAAUAAGCUGAAUCGAUGUGUGUGCAGAACUCUGGCUGGUGAUGCCGCAAAGACUACAGCAAUUAAUAGCCAACGUAGGUAUAUUAACCUCGAUAGUAACAUAGUUGAAUCUUCCACAAAAUGGCAGUAAGCUAUGCCUGUCUCGCGGUGCAAUAUGUGGUGGUGCCGACGGUGCUGGUGUUGGCUGCACUAUUUCGUCCUGCCGGUAUUUCGUUCGUGUACCUGUUAAUGUUUUUUAUAACGCCCUUUAUCCCCAUCGCCAACAGUCGUAAUUUCAAAAGUUCUGUUGGACCAUUUUACAUCAUACUCAUCGCGCUAUGUUCACUACUAUUAUUAUGUCAUAUAGUACUGCAAGUGACAAUAAUUGCAAUGAAGAUCGAGUCGAUCUUCGCUAUGUGUUCAUUUACGCAACAGCUGUUGCGACACAUCGGCUUCAUCAAUCUGCAGGACUUGCAUCCGAUUGCUGCCGCCGAAUGGCAUAUGCCGGAUGUGCUGGUCUUCAUCACAGUGGUGAUUUCAUUCAUAGUCAUAAAGAAAUUGAGCCAGAAACCACCGCCGAUCACAUUGCAAUUGGAAACUGGCGAAAUUAUACCAAUACGCAGUUCAACGGAUAGCGACAACACGGACGAUGAAGCCUUCUUCGAUGGCCUAAUAAGAAUAUCUCCGCUCUUCUGCCUGGCAAUGCUAUUCGUUAUAGCGGUGCUGCGACCGUCGGCGCCUGCUGGCUUCUAUUUUCUCAUAUUCUUGCUGAGCGGUUCCUACUGGGCCACCUAUAAUUCGCUGCGUCGCGGUUUCUCCGUGCUGCUGCGUUUCCUAAUGCUGGUGAUCGCCUUGCAUUCGGUGUGUAUAGUGGCCUAUCAGACACCUUGGGCGCAAUAUUAUCUCAGCAGUGAUAAUUUAAUAGCGAGAUUGAUCGGUCUGGAACCGUUGGUCCUGUCCUCAUGCGAUCGCGACAUACGCGUCAUGAGCUAUAACCUGAAAUACAGUUUCGACUCGUUUAUUCUUCCCAUCCUAAUGCUGUUAACAUACUUUGUGCUAGCGCUGACCGCCAAGUGCCUGAGCAAUCCGAAUGUUUCGUUACGUCGUGACCAACGUCCGAAAACUACUAUCGAACCGACUGAGACGACACCUCUGGUGAAGCGCUUGCGCAAAAGUGACGCAAGAGAAGCUUCAAGUGAUGAGGCUACCAUGGAUCUGCAGGACUCCAAUUCGCCGGAUGUCUUUACGAAUACCAUAUGCGAUCAGAUAUGCUAUGGUUUUAUAAGCAUUGGACAGUUUAUUUAUCAAAACAGUUAUAUUUUUACGAAUAUCUCAAUGAUGACCUGGUCCAUUGUCUACCACAGCUGGCUGACCUUCGUGCUGUUGCUGUGGGCCAACAUACUCUGGAUGAUACCGAAUCAGCGCAAAGCCAUGAUGCGCUCCAGUCCGUUCAUCGUGUGCUAUGCUGAAUUAUUGCUCAUAGCGCAAUAUGUCUACGGCAUGAAUCUGAAAAACGACGAAUUGCCCUCCAAAGUUGAGACCGCCGGCAUUAAUUUGCAACAAAUCGGUCUCGAGCGUCCGCAAGAGCAUGGUACACAUCCGUGUGUACCGUUAAUUGUAAAAACGCUGUUUCUACUCAUGUUUUGGGUCACCUCAAGGCAGUUUUUCCAAGAAAAAGCCGAGGAGAAGCUGAUAAAACGUCGUGUACCGGUGGUAAUGCCAAUGGAAACUAUCGAUUCGGAGACAUCUGUGGAAUCGCAGAAUAAGCAUACAUCGAAAUUCCUUAAGAAAAUCGGUGAUAUUGUGAAAAAUCUGUUGGUGCGUUUGUGGAUUUGGAUGCUGGUGCUGGUGAUCUUUUUGUGCGCUAUGACUGGCAAAUUUAUGACCGGUUUUCGCAUAUGCUACAUGGCGCUAUUCCUUUUCUUCUUGCUCGUCUUCCAAUCCUCCUCGAAAGUGUGGGUCAAAGUUAUGUAUGGCUUCUGGCUGUUCAUCAUCUUCUAUGCCAUGUCCAUGCUGAUACUUAUCUACACCUAUCAAUUUGAUAAAUUCGAACAGUAUUGGUAUGAGUACUUGAAUAUAUCGCAAACGCUUCAAAAUGAUAUCGGUCUGGAGCGUUAUAAAACGAAAGAUCUGUUCCUGCAUCUCGUCUCACCCACGCUGAUUGUGGUCUUAACCGUCAUACAAGUGCAUUAUUUCCAUCGUCGCUUCAUCGAAUCGCUGCAUCAGCGCAAGCCAUCCUUAUUGCCCGACAUGGUAUAUAAUAGAGAGAUGGGCAAACCGCCCAAAACAGAGCCGCGUGGCAGUAAUGAAGCCGCCAAACUAUUGGUUUCAUCUCUGAAACGUAUACGCAAAAUAACAAAACAUUACUUCAUUGUUUCGAAAAAACUAUUUUGGCGUUUCCUGGAGUUGCACAUCAUAAAAGCCGUUUAUAUUACGGCGUUUGUGUGUGCCGUCAGUCAGGUCUGCGUUAUUCACGUCGUGUUCGUAGCAUUAUGUGUAUUGGGUUGUAUAACGCGAAGUUCUAUACAAAUAUUCAUCAGUCGCAUAAUCUCCUUCGUUGUUUCAAUAAUAAUACUAUCGAAGAUGAUCUAUCAAAUCGGCUAUUUAACGCACGAGGAUUACGAUGUGAGAUGUAAAGAUGAGGACACGAUACAUGGCAACAGUGCCUUAUGGUUCGGCUUGCAGAAAGCCGAUGAUACCACAAACGGCUUAAUCGGUCUGAUAAAAAUGUAUAUCAUAUAUAUGAUCGUUGUUACGCUGCACGCUGUUGUCAGCCUACGACAAUUCCAAAUGCGCGCAAUGGCCGACAAUGAGGACAAGGCGGAGACGAAAGUGCUCUUCCCGGCGACGGAUCGCGCCAAAGCCGAAACGAAUCUCAAAUCAAUGAUACAGUAUCUUUUCAAUUAUGGUUUUUAUAAAUUCGGACAAGAGAUCUCGUUGAUAAUGCUCGUCACGACAAUAGCUUAUCGUCAGGAUGUGGUAGCGAUUUUCUAUGUGGUCUGGUUAGCUGUGCUCUUGAUGUUUAGCCGCGCCAGGCGCAGCUCCGUGUGGGGCAUAUUCCAAGUGUUCAUUGCGUUGAGCAUUUUUCUGCAAUAUUUAGUUUUGCUCGGAUUGCCGCCGAGUCUGUGUAUCGAUUACCCCUGGGAGAACUCGCGCUUCUCCGCACCCAUACAAGGUUGGCUGCUGUUACCCGGUGGCAUGCAUUAUGACCACACGAAAAAGCUGAUCUUCGAUUUCAUUCUACUCCUAUUCGUGACACGCCAAAAACGUAUAUUCCGCAUUGAGCUGCGUUACGGCGAUCAAUAUGCCGGCGGUUCAAAUCGCAAUGUGGUCAAAGAUAUUGAAAAUUUGGGACGCGUGGCAUUUGUGAAUCCUACAAACGAUUUCCUAUCGCACGUGCGCAACUAUUUGGAUAUAUUCAUGUACGCCGUGUUGUGUGGCUUCUUUUGGGUCACAUUGGCCACGGUAUUCUUGGCCGGCACGAAUAUGAGCGAUUUCCUCACAUUGGGUUAUCUGAUUGGCGCCUUCAUCUUCCUAUGGGAGGGCUCCGAUUUCUAUUUGCGUCCUAUACAGCAAAUUAUCGGCCGUUGGCGUUGGUUGCUGGCUUAUAAUGUCUUCAAUAUUGUUGUGAAGACGUCUCUCGAAAUGGCCGGUUGUCUAUUUUUGAAAGAUCUAACUAAGCAUUGCUGUUGGCUUGUGCAUUUAUUGGGCGUAUCAUGCCAUUUCCCCACGGACCCCAUCAUGAACGAUCCACUCAGUAAGGACGACUCGGACUGUCCGGAAAUAAAUAAAUCAUCGAUGCUGAUGUGGGACACCAUUUGCUUCGCAUUCCUUAUACUACAAAUGCGCAUAUUUAAGUCACAUUACUUCUGUCAUCUGAUUAUCGACACGAAGGCGAAUAGCAUUUUGGCAACCAGAGGUGCUGACAUAAUCGAGGACCUGCGCCAGAAGCAAAUCGAGCAUCGUCAACAGCAUGAAAAUGAGAUUUUGGUAAAGAUCAAGCGUAAGAUGGAGCGCAUACGCGCCACACAACAAAAAAUGUUGAAACCCAUAGAUAAACCCACACAUUUCGAUGAACAUGGUGCUCCGAGCAAACCGCACAAACGGAAAGAGAUUAAGUUACACGGACCUGAUGCGCCCGAUGCGCCUGUAGGUACUGUUGUCGUUGAACAAUUAAGGCUGCCACAUAAGAAAGCUGUACGCGCUGGCGAUUACUAUAUGUUCGAGGAUGUUGACGAUAAGUUCGAAUUGGACGUGAUCGAUGAUGAGCAAGAUUUCCUCUCCGAGCAGGAGAGUGAGAGGAAAUUGCAGCGACGCAAAACGGUCAUACACGUUUGGAAGGACAUUCAAACCGCCGAAUUUCGUCGUCAAGUCUAUAUGCGUCAGCGUUCAUACGCUUCGGCGCCUGGCUCACGCAUUGGUAUAAAAAUCGACGAAGAAUUAGAGAAUGAAGACGCUCAGGAGGCGGGCGCACGCACAUCAACACUCUCCGAGCCGCACGAUUACACGGUGCCGCCGCGUUCGGCCAGCGGCUUCUUUACCGACAUUAAGCGCAAAUCCGAAUCAGAGCCAUCGACCAGCAAGGAAGCAAAAGAGGCUACAGAAAUGGAGGAAAAGAAAAAGAAGGGCGAUGUUGUCGAUUCCGAGGAGUCUGAAGAUGAUUUGGAAGCAAAUCCAAUCGUUCGUCUACUCGAAGGUUUUCUGGUGUCUGUAACAAUUGGCUUACAUCGCUUGUCACGCAAUUACCGUUAUGUUAAUAAGAUAAUGUCGAAUGAAAAGCGUUUGUUGAAGGAAACUCACAGCGUCAAUUUGGUCUAUGCAACCGACAGCUCCGUCUAUGUGGACAUCAAGGGCUUGUCGCCAAAUGCUGAAAAUGCGCAACUCGCUGGCUCGAUUGGGUCGGCAUCGAUUGACACACAAAAUGAAACGAAUACACGACCAUUACCACAUAGUAUAACGAAUGUUACCGAUUUGAAUACGAUCACCUCAGACACUACCACACCGUCACCCUUAGAAUCACACAUAAACAAUACACAAGAGCAACAACAACAAGAGCAAACAGCGGAUCCACAUGCCAUUAUUGAUAUGUCAGUGGAUACUGUGGAUAUGCGAAAUGAUAGUUACGACGAGGAUGGUACGUCUAUGCAAAAAUCUCAUAAUUCGGUAGACUUGCCAAAGAUUUGCAUUAAGGCACCUUCAUUCGAUUGCAGUAACAACUAUGUGGGGAUGUUGAGUAAGCAAUGGUCAUAUGAAAAGAUGGACAGUCACAGCUUGGUGAUGCUGGAGGAAGACUUUACUGCACGUGAGCACAAUAUCAUCAUUGAGUUCCUCAUUUCACUUUGGUAUGCCUUGCUCUCGAAUACGGACAUAAUUUGCUAUUUGGUCGUGUUUAUUAAUCAGGUGGUUAAUGCCAGCAUCAUUUCGCUGCCGCUGCCUUUAAUGGUGUUCCUUUGGGGCACACUCUCAUUGCCGCGCCCGACGAAAACAUUCUGGGUCACACUCAUCGCCUACACACAAGCGAUUGUGCUCAUCAAAUGCAUAUUCCAGUACAAAUUGAUUUGGGCCAAUUACAUAAAUCUACCGAACGAACCAUUGGCGCCGGCAAAAAUAUUCGGCGUAGAAUUGAAUCCCAAUUAUGCAAGCUAUGACUUGUUGCUGCUGUUGGUGUUGUUCUUCCACAGAUUCAUCUUGAAGUCGCACGGCCUCUGGAAGUCGGAAUAUAAAUUCCCUCGCGGCGUCGCAAAAAUAGAUUCGAGAGAGCAGCCCGAGAAUACGGACGAGUUACAGUCUACUGUUAGCAGAGUAAACACGAUAGAGUAUCUGGAAGGAGAAGCUGGCAGUAAUAACACGCCUGGCUCCGCCGAUGGCGUCCGACGACGUAGUAAAAAAGAAAGACGCAGCGAGAAUAAUGAGGAAAAUGGUGGCAAUGAAAAGAAAGAGAACGGCAAUGACAAUAGAAAAGAAGGUGGUUCCGAUACAGAGAAUAACAAGCAAAUUGUCAAGGCAACUGACGCAGAUGAAGUGGAUGCUAGAAGCGAUAGGAGCAGUGUUGUGAGUUCGAAUACUUAUCAGCGUCGACUGAAACACCUAAAACGCGCCAAAUACCUAUCAUCUGUACGGAAAUUCUUCUCGAAUUUACUCUCAAAAUCGCGACUGCCAGCCGAUGUGUAUGCAUUAAUGUUCCUAUGCGAUUUUAUCAAUUUCUUCGUGCUGCUCUUUGGCUUUACAGCUUUUGGUUCUCAACAAUCAGACAGCGCUGGCGGCGUACAAACCUAUUUGGAGGAGAAUAAAGUGCCGAUACCCUUCCUAAUCAUGUUGUUGGUGCAAUUCAUGCUGAUCGUCAUCGAUCGCGCCUUGUACUUGCGUAAAGCGCUCUUGCACAAAAUCAUAUUCCAUUUCCUCUCCGUCAUUGGCAUACAUAUUUGGAUGUUCUUCAUUGUGCCCGCGGUAACGGAACGCAGCUUCUACUCGCUGGCGCCACCGAUCAUUUUCUACAUCAUCAAAUGCUUCUACAUACUGUUAUCUUCAUAUCAAAUCAAAUGCGGUUAUCCGAAACGUAUCUUGGGCAACUUCCUAACCAAGAGUUUCUCGCUAAUAAACAUGUUAUCCUUCAAAGUUUAUAUGGCGAUACCGUUCUUAUACGAGCUGCGCACAAUACUCGACUGGGUCUGCACGGACAGCACAAUGACGCUCUUCGAUUGGCUGAAAAUGGAGGACAUAUUUGCGGAUAUAUAUUUCAUUAAGUGCAGUCGGCAAAUGGAAACUGAUUUCCCUGCCAUACGCGCGACGAAGAAACCGAUCUUAACAAAACUAAUUAUGGGUGGCCUCUUCAUAAUCGCCAUUGUGAUUGCGCUCUGGGGUCCUUUGUGCAUCUUUGCGCUCGGCAAUGCAGUGGGUCAGUCGAAUACACCACUGCAGGUGAGCAUUUCCAUACGUAUCGGCUCGUAUGCGCCGAUCUAUCAAACGAAUACACGCGAUAAUAUUAUCGCCUUCGACGAGGCUAUGUACAGUGACAUGAAAGGUGCCUAUGACAAAGAUCGUGCGGCGAUAACAUUCCUUAGCAGCUAUGAUGCAACUGAUAUUGCGGCCAUCAAGCUGCCCGGCAAUUCCCCAUCGCUGUGGAAUAUCUCACCGCCGGAUCGUAUGCGUUUGCUGGAGGAGUUGAAGCAGAAUGGCACAAUUGUCGCUAGCUUUGCCUACUCGAUUACACGCAUACCGCCCGAUAAGAGCUUGAUGGGCACAGUUUCCGAUGAGAUCAUCUUCCAGAUGAACGAAACAUUUGCUUGGCGUGAGGAUCUGAUCAAUAUGUUGGAGACAAAUGGCACCUCGAAAGUGGUGCCGCUGCCCGAUUUGGUGCCGAAGUUUGUGAAGAUCUUAAAUUCUGGUGAUGUUAGCAUCGUGCAUCAACUAAUGCCAGUUGGACAAACAUAUCGCCCGCUACUACUACGCAUGCGCACAAGUUCUUCGGCGCGCAUCUGGUGGGAGAUCGCGGACUUUUGCGAAGAUAAAUUCCACGAGGAUAUAUUGAAAAAAUUGCCUUUGGAUAAAUGCAAUUCUGGCAUCGUUAUAUAUACAUUCAAUGACAAGAAGUUCCCGUCUACAUUCAGUUUUAUAACGAAAGGCGGCAUUCUCGGCGUGUACACAACGUUUGUGAUUGUUGCUUCACGCUUCUUCAAAUCCUUCAUCGGUGGGCAAAAUCGCAAAAUUAUGUUCGAAGAUAUGCCUUAUGUGGAUAGAGUGUUACAAUUGUGCCUUGAUAUCUAUUUGGUGAGAGAAGCGCUUGAAUUUGCGCUUGAAGAGGAUCUAUUCGCCAAAUUAAUCUUCCUAUAUCGCUCGCCGGAGACGAUGAUAAAGUGGACGCGCCCCAAAGAGGAGGCCGACGAUGAAACCGACUCGGAGUCGAUGCGCAGUCGCGCCAGUGGACGUGCGCCUAGAUAAAAUGUAGACAAAUGUUAAACGCACUGAUUUUCUCACUUAACAAACAAAACUCGAAAAUAUUUUACACACCAUUUACAUACGUACAUAUGCAUAAGUAUUACAAUACUUAAUUCCACAUUUCGCUACACAAUCAAAAGAUAACAAUUUUGUCGUUUUUUAAGCAUAUUCAAACACUUUUUUCCCCGUUAAUAGCAUAUCGAACUGUUUGUUGGCACAGCUAGUGCGUUUUUAUAAAGAUUUUUAUCUUUACAAGAUUAUAGUGUUUCCCAAAAAGAAUAUUGCAAAGAAUUUAGUUAAUUUUUGAGCCAACAUUUUUUUUAUAAAAAUACCCUAAUUAGUUUUGGGGUUAUAUAAAAUGGUAUUUGACUAACAUUAAUUAUAUGAAUUGUUAGCGGAAGCCCAGUAAAAAGUCUUAAGUUGAGAUUCUUGAGUUCAAAAACAAAAAUUUUGAUUGGAAAUUGAAUUAUUGUCAUAUAUUCUAGCUAUUAACCCUUUAGCAAACACAGCACUUUUGAAAAACUCUCAAAGAAUUGAAAUUCUAAUAUUAGUACAUUCUUCAAAAUUAGUUUAUUGCUUAUGUGUUUAAGUAAAUUUUCGCUGUAAAUGGCGGCUUUUCUAUAUUAAAGUGGUCUUUAAGUACCGUAGUGUGCUUUAGAGAGUUAAGGAAGUUUAAAAAUAUUUUUAAAUUAAUAAUUAAUUUAAUUUAAAUUUAAAAUUAUUUUUUUAUUAAUAUUUAAAUUAAUUUUUAGUUAAUUUUUCAAUCAUGAAUAUUGUAACCCCUUAUGUCUAUAUUUAAGCAUAAACCAGAGAAUAAUACUGAGCUCCGUUCUAAAAUCUUUAUUGAGAAUUCUUAAAAUUGUUGAAAAUGUUAGUCACAUAAUUGCUGCUAUUAACUUAUAAUUAUUUUAUAUAAAAAAAAAAUAAUUAAAAAUAAAAAAAUUAUUUCUAUUUUUUUUUAAUUUUGGGAAACAUUAUACAAAAGCGUUUUCGAGUUCAUGUUUUUUUUGUUUUUUGAUUCUUGUGGUUAAGCAUUACCUACAGUUGCAUUCAUAAACUCAGACCCCAAUAUACGCACACACGCACAUACAUACAUGCAUACAUGAAAAUACCCCAAAAGAACUGCCGUUAAUUAAUGUUGUAAACUAUUUUUUAUUACAAAAACCAAAAACAAAAACAAAAACUGGAUAAUAAGCUAAGUAAUGAAAAAGCUCUGCUGGAGUAGAAAGAAGCGGGUGGGUAGGCGGGGGCAUAUUUUGUAAUUGUAAGCGAAAAGCAACAGAAACAUAUUAAUUUUGAUGUUCGUAUUUAGAAUAGCGUUUACCGUUUCGCAAUAAUAAAAUCGAACAAAUGAAAUAAAUAAAUAAAUAAAACAAAAAUAGAAACAACAAUAACAAUUCGAAAUAAAGCGAAUAUACUGCUUAACUAGACGUACAACGUGCGUAGUAUAACUGUGUAUAAGCUACAACAAUAGUAAAAAACACAAUAGUAACGAAGCAAGAACCAAAAGUAACCUAUAACAAUUUAACUUAAAACUAUUAUUAAUGAAACAACAACAACAAAAACAUAAUAUUAAGAAGUCAUAUUCAGGGAUCUUUAGCAUUUUAUACUGAAUUUAUGUUUUUAGUUUUCUAAAUGCUUAAUAGAAAUACGAAAAUAAAAGCAAAAUGAAACAACAACAACAACAGUACAGUAAUAACUAAACGAAUUGAUUAGUGUUAAGAAAAAAAUUAUUCAGAAUAAAAACUAAAACAAAAAUUUA